GGGCUGCGGUGGUCACGGCAGUGGCAGCCAAGUUUCCCCGGGGGCGGCCCGGAGCCGCAUCCUCCCGCCACUGUCAAGCGCUGGCAGCGGAAAUGAGGCGCUGGCCUUUUUCCGAGCCCGGGUUUCCUGCCUGAGCGCCGAGCCGCGAGCAAGGAGCCGGCGCGGUGAGGACGCGACGCCAUGGGCCGGCCGGGCCCGGACCCGCUGCCUGUGCGCCCAGCCGCCCCUCCUCGCUCUCCGCCAUGAACGGGCCCACGGUGCAGACCCCUGCCUCCUGCGCGUCGUCGGCGCCCGCCUCGCCUACCUCCCCACGAGGCUGGAGCGAUUUCUGCGAGUUGCAUGCAGCUGCCGCAGCGCGGGAGCUGGCUCACCAGUACUGGCUGUUCGCGCGUGCGCACCCGCAACCACCACGCGCGGAGCUCGUGUCGCUGCAGUUCGCGGAGCUCUUCCAGCGCCACUUCGUCCGAGAGGUGCGCGAGGGUCGGGCCGCGCCACCGGGCCGCGACUACCGCGACACGGGCCCCCGGGAAACAGGCCCCGUGCUGCCCAAGGCCCGUAGUUCCGAGGAGCUUGGCCCGCGGCCUGCCUGCGCCCUGCAGCACCUGCGCCGCGGCCUGCGGCAACUCUUCCGCCGCCGGUCUGCCGGGGAGCUGCCAACCUCCGGCACUGCCACCUGUGCCCCUGCCACCGCCUCCGCCGCGGACGUGUCCGAUGCCCCCGCCAGGCCCGGCCUGGCCCGCAAGCUGCUGCCCUGGAGCCUGGCCCGGGAGCCGCCGGCUGAGGCCCUCAAGGAGGCAGCGCUGCACUACAGCCUGGCAGACGAGGUGGCCAUGGACAGCGGCGCGCGCUGGCAGCGGGGCCGCCUGGCGCUGCGAGCCUUGGGCCCCGGCCACGACCGCCUGCUGGAGCUCUUCGACCCGCCCAAGAGUUCAAAGCCCAAGCUCCAAGCAGCCUGUUCUAGUAUCCAGGAGGUCCGGCGAUGCACACGUCUGGAGAUGCCCGACAACCUCUAUACCUUCGUGUUGAAGGUCAAAGACCGGACAGAUAUCAUCUUCGAGGUAGGCGACGAACAACAGCUGAACUCGUGGCUAGCUGAGCUUGGGAUGAGCACAGGCCAAGGGCUGGAGAGCACUGAUGCAGAGCAGACACUUCCCUCUGCUCCUGAACCUGGUCUGGUCAGCUCCCCAAGGGGAAGCACGGACUCCCUGGACCAAGGUGCUUCUCCUGGGCUGCUGCUGGACCCAGCCUGCCAGAAAACGGACCAUUUCCUGUCUUGUUAUCCCUGGUUCCAUGGCCCCAUCUCCAGGGUGAAGGCUGCACAACUGGUUCAGCUGCAGGGCCCUGAUGCCCACGGUGUGUUCCUGGUGCGGCAAAGCGAAUCCCGGAGAGGGGAGUAUGUGCUCACAUUCAACUUCCAGGGCAGAGCCAAGCACCUCCGCCUGGCCUUGACAGAACAUGGCCAAUGCCGUGUGCAGCACCUGCACUUUCCCUCUGUGGUGGACAUGCUCUACCACUUCCAGCGCUCACCCAUCCCACUCGAGUGUGGAGCUGCCUGUGAUGUCCGGCUCUCUAGCUAUGUGGUUGUCGUCUCCCAGGCACCAGGUUCCUGCAGCACUGUCCUCUUCCCUUUCUCUCUUCCCCACUGGGACUCAGAGCUGGGCCUUCCCCACCUCAGCUCUGCUGACUGUCCUCCAGGGCUUGGCCCAGAGGCUCUCCCAGGCCAAGUGACACCCCCAGAGCAGAUCUUCCAUCUGGUGCCUUCACCUGAGGAACUGGCCAAUAGCCUGCGGCACCUGGAGCCAGAGCCUGUGAGCAGUGCCCGGGAUUCAGACUAUGAGAUGGACUCCUCCUCUCGGACCCACAUGCGGGCCAUUGACAACCAGUACACCCCUCUCUGACAGCUAUGCAGAGAUGCAAACUUGUGAAUGUAAACACCACUCCCCCACCCUGACCCCCGAGCUGAAGGACCUAUCAGCCCUUCCAAGCUCAGAUAUGCCCUUCCAUCAGGCUGUCACAGGCCACCUGUCAGCCAGCCUCAUCUAGCCCCUGGCUUUCUCUCAACUGUUUACAGAUGGAGUUCUUGUGCACAGGUGCAACUAGCCCUUGGCCAAAUCACCACCACAGAGAAGGUGGGGCCGUGGGCCUAGAGUGGGCAGUGGAAACUGAUGCUGUCACAGCUGAUGACAGACUUCGUACCAGGUAGGAUCAUCAGGAAGCACAAAACACUAACAAGUCCUGGAUUCUCAUGUGGUUUCCUCCCUGUGGCUUCGGGUUCGUCCACACACCGUGCCAUAGGUGACAACUCAAUCCUAUUUCUACUCUCGGCUUCAGGACAGAAGCUCUGCCAGAGGGACAAGCUCAAGGUCAAAAAUGAUUUUAAACAUUUUACCUCAAUUUUUUUUUUUUUUUUGGUCUUUUUGAGACGGUCUCCCUGUAGCCCCAGCUGUCCUAGAACUCACUAUGUAGACCAGGCUGGCCUUGAACUCACAGAGAUCCGCCUGCCUCUGCCUCACAAGUGCUGGGAUUAAAGGCGUGUGCCACCACGCCCUGCCCAGAUUAGUUUUUUAAAGGAUUCAGGUUUCUGCAGGAAACUUUGGCUUAUUUCACUGCACUGUUGCCAUUCUACAGUCAACAACAGCUAAGCACAGCUGCAUGACUCCUGGUCCAAGCCACUUUUGUCUGCCUAUCCUCAGAAUAGUCGCUUGCUGCUGGGUAGUCAGUGUCCUUUCAGGGAAGUCCAGGCAACUGCUGAGAGGAGGGUGGCAAGGAAUGUUCUACUCUGGUGCCUUAUGAAUAAAAACUGGUCUCUGGUUUAUGACUGCUUUGAAAAGGAAGGAAGGAAUGGGUAGGAAAGGAACAAACACUGAGGGAAGGGCUCCUGGGCCUUUCUAGUGACCCUUUACUUAGACUCAUAGGCUCACCUCACUUCCAAGCAUUUAAUAGCUUAUUUAUUUAGGCCCUGUUCAGAGCCAGAAUGGAAGCUGGCACCACUAUUAAGAAACUCUUAACAUCCCACAAAAUUGCUCUGUCCCAGCUGAUGGCCACUUCACUGAGGGAAGCAUACAUCCCUAGACACACAGACUUGUCUACGAAGGGUCCUGAAGUCAAACCACCUAUACUCGUUUUUCACAAGUGACACAAGUUCACAAGUGAUUGGCUCUUCCCACUAUCAAGUGGAACAGGGACUAGGGUCUGCUGUUUAUGGGCCAGCAGAGCUAUUCAGUCUCUGGAUUCAUGGCAAUGGCCUUAGGGAAUCAGGACUCUAGAAUUCCCAGAUACGUCAAUCAGAGGUAAACAUGAUAUCCAGCCUGAAACCAACAGUACUGCCUGCUUUAUGUGGGGCUUUGUUCCCCCUGUAUUCUGCAAUGUUGUAGGGUCUUUAAGGGAUAUGCAUCACCCUAGAAAUCCCCCCAGUGUAUUUGCAGAUCAACAAGAGAUACAGAUUUGUGGUCCUUCUUUAAGGAUACCUGUCUUUCCUUAAAAUAUUUCUUUUUAAGUAUGAACCAAAGAUAUAAGCAAUAUUCUUGGAUUUCUCUUUCAAAAGAAUGCUCACCAGAGAAAGGCAAUCUGCUGAGGCACUCUGGUCCAGAUAAUUCUCCAAUCUGCACAGAAAAGGGACUGGUUGGACAGUCCCUUUCCCAUGGCCAGAAGCUUAAUCAGCUUCAAACUUAGGGGUGGGUACUUCUUAGCCCAUCAAACAUGCAGCUCUUAGGCAAAGUCAGUAGGCAUGCCAGGUACUGCAGACUUUGCAGCUGCAAAGUUUUGUGACAGUGCAUUGGAAGUCACCCAUCACAGAAGACUUCCUUUCAAAAGGUGUCCAAGUAAUCAGAACAUUCUGACAAAAAGCCUUCUCAAGGCUCUGGGGUAAAGUGACACUAAGCCAAUGUCUUUUUCUUUUUGCUAAAGUGGUUCCAGUUGGCUGGAAGGGAGAAGCUAAGCUAGAAAGGCCCUGGGCUAGAUGCCCUCACCAGUGCCAGCAGCAGGCACCAUUCCAUACCCCCCUCCUGUCAGUCCUGACUGACCACCACUGGCAGAUGAAGCCACGCUGGGCAGGAAGUGUCAAGAGUCCCUCUAGUUAGACCUGCUUAAGAGACCACAAGUGUAGCUUGACAGCUCCCAGCACCAUUGCUUCCUUCACCUGACUACUGAACUUCUACAAACUAACAGUCACCAGCACCAAAGAAUUAAGUCAACUAACCUGCCUUGACUUUUAGACCAGCAAUCCAUAUGGCUUUAUCUGGUAAGAAUCUUCUGCCUUUGAUCAUUUCUGGACCGUGUAGGAAAAAGGAAUAGUGAUCAUUACAAACUUGGGCCAGACAACACUAUUUUUACAUAACAGUUUCUUAACCUAAAUCAAGGUUUGAUCUCUUCCCUGAGAUUCCUUUGUGUUCUUCUUCAGGGCUAGAUCUCUUGUUGCAAAUGUCAUCUUAGUGCUGACACUGUUGAGAACAGUGUUAUCCACUGCCUCCUAACAGCCAGUGUGUGGCUGGAAUAAGCAACAUUGUAACAUGAAGAGGGGAUUUCAUCUUCUAUCAUUAUAGGCAGAAGGUAUUUGGCAAAUCUUUAUGUUUUAUGUACUGUAUGGAUAACUUAUUCUUGAAUACAAAUUUUGCUAUAAUGUACAAAUUGCUGUAUGUGAAUUAAAAAGGUUUUCAGAAU